CCGAAUGAAAGCAUCUGAUCAAGUUUGAAGUAUCUUAGCAAAACGUGGGAGUAAGAUAGCGCCAUUUCAUGCUCCACGUUGAAUCCACCUUAUAUUGAAGGUCCAAACACAUUUUUAUUCGCACGUCUGAUUGGUUGUUUGUUCUCUAUAUCAUAGGCUGUUCGGCCCGGCAAUCCGUCGUCGCUGAAUGAUGGUCUCUGCCUCGUGGUUGCGUACGUGCGAAUAUAUAUUCGUCUCCCAUGGGGGGUCAAUUAGCGACCCUAGAUUUGAAUCAUCAUUCCAUGACCUGCACAAUCAAGCGCUAUGUUAUUCAAUUCCUCAAAUCAGUGCACAUCCCUGUCGACGACGUUCGUAUCCAAGGAAGGUGGUGGUGACUCGACAACUUGGACCAGGCCACGCGGGCGCGGAGAAGCGGACAUGGUCCGAUCAACUCGGGUACCUGCCCGAGCCUUGACAAAUUCUUCGCUUGGCAUUCGUCCUCAACCACGGUUUGCGGCGAGUUCAGUGUUGACAGGUGAGCUGGUGAAGUCGCCUUUUCUAGACAAGCAUGAUGCGGAGACUGCGAUCUGCCAUGGGGACCGUCAUUCGUAGAGUGACGGGUCGCAGAGUCAUGGACGCUGGCUUGGCGAACGGAAAUCUGCUCUGCCGACGGUGGCUGCCGGCAAUGCGCGAGUCAGGCACGAGUCCUGCACUUUUCCCGAAACGGGGCGACGCGCUGCUGGGGCCCCGAAUGCCGAGACCGCGACUUGAAACUGGCGAUUUCGGAGCGCGGGGAAGGCGAACCCCAAGAUUCGAAUCUGCAGCUUACGGGUGUGCAGUUCUCCAUCCCCCAACGUUGGAUCUUCAUUUCAUCGAGAAACCCAGUGUCCCUCCUGGUGAGAAGAGAGUUUGAAAAUCAGAUUGGUUCGGCCCCAUGCCAAGCGUAUACGAGGUUUUCCGGCAGGGGUCAUUGGCCACGAGACGCGCGCGCCCGAAAGUCAAAAGCCCCUAAGCAACGAAUCCAGGAUUUAAAACAGCCACCCUCGCCUCUCGGCUUCGAUUGCCUGGCCGAAGCCUUCCAGCCGGAAAACCUCCCUCAUCGCCAUCUUGCCAAGAGAGCACCGCUCGUAAAGACGUGGUUUCUGGGAGAGUCGGGACCGAACAGGCGUCACCUGCAUUCUUUUAAUCAACUGGAGUGGCUCCCGGCGAAGAGACUGGACCAAGCAGAAGCGUUGCAUGGGGCUCCUCCACACUUGCUCCAGGUUCCGGACGAGAGGUUUUGUGGAGGUCUCCCCAGCCGGCUAAACUUCGGGCAAACUUGCUCAGGACUGACUCGGCCCUCGGGAGCGCUGGCGUUUCUCUUUUGCGAGUUCGAGUAGUAUAAGACCUUUACGAGGCCGUUGAGGCAGUGAACCUAUCUACUGCAUACCAGAUUCAGAACGGACUGGGAUAUAGCGCACGAAAAUGACGGCCCGAAACUCCGAGGACCAUGUUGAUGGUCAAUCAGCAGUAGCUGCUACUGCGAAGAAGAUCUGGUGGAAAGACCCUCAACUACGUCGACUCAACUUCUGCCUGCUCUCGCUGACACUACUUUCCUCCUCAAACGGCUUCGAUGGCUCAUUGGUCAACGGUCUCCAGUCCCUGGAUAGCUGGAUGAACUUCAUGCAGACACCUGACGGCACAUGGCUCGGGUUCAUCAACGGCAUAUACUGUGUUGGCUGUCUCGUCUCACUAUUGCUCGGUGGAUGGGGAUGUAACAAAUUCGGACGAAAGCCCUGCAUCUUCAUUGGAAUCGUAUUCCUCACAGUCGGCGGUAUUCUCGGUGCCGCUGCUCCAAACGACAGUGUCUUCAUUGUCUCUCGUGUGAUCAUCGGUCUGGGCUCUGGCUGGGUCAGCACUGCGGGACCUCUCUUGCUGAGUGAGAUCGCCUACCCGGAUUUCCGCAGUGUCACGAGUGGGCUCUUCAUGGUUGGAUACUAUAUUGGCGCAGUCAUUUCGUCCUGGGUCACUUUUGCAACCCGCGAUUAUACCUCGUCAUGGUCUUGGAGACUGCCCACCCUCCUGCAGAUCCUUCUUCCUAUUAUCGCUGUUCCCGGACUGUUCAUUACACCAGAGAGCCCCCGUUGGUUGAUUGACAGAGACCGUAUUGAGGAUGCUCGCAAGGUGCUGGCGGAUCUUCAUGCUGGUGGAGACCAAACCACCCCGCUCAUCUCCUCCGAGGUCAACGAGAUCCAAGGCGCAAUCGUGGCAGAAAAGGAGGCCAAUGCAUCCGCAAGCUACCUCGACAUGAUCAAGACCCCAGGAAACCGCCACCGUCUACUCAUCACAAUCUCUCUGGGCAUCACCUCGCAGUGGUGCGGCAAUGGUGUCGUCUCCUACUACCUCGCCAUGGUCCUCGAUACUGUCGGCAUUACCGAGACUAGAGAUCAGCUGCUCAUCUCUGGCUGCCUUCAGAUCUGGAACUUGGGAUUCGCCGCCGUUGGUGCAUCCCUGAUUGAACGAGCUGGUCGCCGCCCGCUCUUCCUGACCUCUGCCGGUAUCAUGUUGACCAGUUACAUCAUCAUCACCGGUCUCUCUGGCGCGUUUGCCGAGACCGGCGCCGCUGCAACGGGUACAACCGUCAUCCCCUUCAUCUUCAUCUACUUUGCAGGAUACGAUAUCGCGAUGACCCCCUUCCUAACCGCCUACCCCUGCGAAAUCUGGCCCUUUGCGCUGCGCUCGCGCGGUCUCAGCGUCGCCUGGCUCUCCGCAAUCUCCGCGCUCAUCUUCAACACCUUCGUCAACCCCAUUGCGCUCGCGGCCAUUGCGUGGAAGUACUACUUUGUCUUCGUCGCUGUCCUCAUCGUUUACAGCUUUAUUGCCUUCUUCUUUUACCCGGAGACCAAGGGAUACAGUCUCGAGCACGUGGCGUUUGUCUUCGAUGGCGAUCAGGCGGCUGUUGGUGGUGGUAUUGGGGAGAAGGCGGCUAUCAAGGCAGAGAAGGAGGCUGAGGAUACGCAGGUUGAGCAUGCUUAGAUGGCGCGGGGAUGAUGUCCUGUAGAUGAUUUGUUGAGAUGCUACGAUCUAGAUUCUAGAAAUGAGAAACGUGUUUUUUAUCGAUCUGGUCAAGGCCCCCUCCCCAUCUCAUCCGGAUCCAUAUGUCUACAAAUGAUAGACAAAGCCCGACUGAAGCGCCCACGCUCCGGAACCUUACGCACAAUUUCCAACCGUCGCUCAACCUCCAGGUAGUAUACUUUCUAAAGCGGAUCUCAAGAAAGUGGACUGAUCACUAAUCAGCCCAUCGCCUCACAGUUCUCGUAUCCUCUGGUCUAACCUCGAGGGCCGAGAUCAUGAUAGCAAAC